AUGUCUACUGCUGCUCCAAAGAAGAGAACUUUCAAGACUUAUUCUUACAAAGGUAUUGACCUUGAAAAAUUGUUGGAAAUGCCAACUGAAGAAUUCGUUAAAUUAGCUCCAGCUAGAGUUAGAAGAAGAUACGCUAGAGGUUUAUCCACUAAACCAGCUGGUUUGAUGAAGAAAUUGAGAGCUGCUAAGUUGAACGCUGUUGAAAACGAAAAGCCAACUGUCGUUAGAACUCAUUUAAGAAACAUGAUCAUUGUUCCAGAAAUGAUCGGUUCUGUCGUUGGUGUUUACAACGGUAAGUCUUUCAACCAAGUUGAAAUUAGACCAGAAAUGGUCGGUCAUUACUUGGGUGAAUUCUCUAUUACCUACACUCCAGUUAGACACGGUAGAGCAGGUGCUACUACUUCUCGUUUCAUCCCAUUGAAAUAG